GUUGAACGUCAAGAUUCACGAUGUGAUCAGGAAAGUUACGAGAGAUGAGUAUUUAAAGAUCAACCGAACAGUCAAACAUUUAGUUCAAUUGUGACCACUCUCUUGAGCAAAUCUUCUGAUUUUCGGAUAUCAAAUUUGCAAAUUCUGGUGGAAAAUUUCAAUCUCGUCUUCCAACAAAUAGGGAAAAAUGGCAAAGGCACCAGCUAUUGGAAUUGAUUUGGGCACCACGUACAGCUGCGUGGGAGUCUUUCAGCAUGGAAAAGUGGAUAUCAUUGCUAAUGACCAAGGCAACCGCACGACCCCGUCCUAUGUCGCAUUCACGGACUCUGAACGUCUCAUUGGAGACGCUGCUAAGAAUCAAGUGGCCAUGAACCCUAAUAAUACUAUUUUUGACGCCAAACGCCUCAUUGGACGUCGUUUUGAUGAUCCUACUGUACAAUCCGAUAUGAAGCAUUGGCCGUUUACUGUUAUCAAUGAAGGCGGGAAGCCAAAGAUCAAGGUAGAAUACAAGGGGGAGCAGAAGACCUUCUUCCCAGAAGAAAUCUCUUCCAUGGUUCUUACGAAGAUGAAGGAAACUGCAGAAGCUUACCUAGGAAGGAAUGUAACUGAUGCGGUCAUUACGGUCCCGGCUUACUUUAACGAUUCCCAGCGUCAAGCAACCAAAGAUUCCGGUGUCAUUGCUGGUCUCAACGUUCUCAGGAUCAUCAAUGAACCUACAGCAGCUGCCAUCGCUUACGGUUUGGAUAAGAAGGGUUCCGGCGAGAAGAAUGUCUUGAUUUUCGAUCUUGGAGGUGGUACCUUUGAUGUAUCUAUCUUGACUAUUGAAGACGGGAUCUUCGAAGUGAAGUCAACAGCUGGAGAUACUCAUCUUGGUGGUGAAGAUUUCGACAAUCGCAUGGUUAAUCACUUCGUACAAGAAUUUCAGCGGAAACACAAGAAGGAUUUAACCUCGAACAAAAGGGCUCUAAGACGUCUAAGGACCGCUUGUGAGAGGGCUAAGAGGACGCUUUCUGCAUCAUCUCAGGCUAACAUUGAGAUUGAUUCUUUGUUCGAGGGAACAGAUUUCUAUACCUCCAUUACCAGGGCUCGUUUCGAAGAGCUCAACUCAGAUCUGUUUAGAGGUACAAUGGAACCAGUGGCUAAAGCCUUAAGAGAUGCUAAAAUGGACAAAGGACAGAUCAAUGAGAUUGUCCUUGUUGGUGGAUCAACAAGAAUUCCGAAGGUGCAGAAAUUGCUUCAGGAAUUUUUCAAUGGCAAGGAACUCAAUAAGAGUAUCAAUCCGGAUGAAGCUGUUGCUUAUGGAGCUGCGGUUCAGGCGGCAAUCUUGCAUGGUGAUAAGUCCGAAGAGGUUCAGGACUUGCUGCUGUUAGAUGUUACUCCUUUGUCUCUGGGAAUUGAGACAGCUGGAGGAGUUAUGACUGUCCUUAUUAAACGUAACACCACGAUCCCUACCAAGCAAACCCAAACCUUUACAACUUAUUCGGAUAAUCAGCCGGGAGUUCUGGUUCAGGUGUUUGAAGGUGAAAGGGCUAUGACGAAGGACAAUAAUCCUCUAGGACGAUUUGAAUUGACAGGGAUCCCACCAGCUCCUCGAGGAGUGCCCCAAAUUGAGGUAGUUUUUGACAUUGAUGCUAACUCCAUCCUCCAUGUGUCGGCUGUGGAAAAGUCAACUGGGAAAGAGAAUAAAAUUACAAUUACAAAUGAUAAAGGACGUCUUAGUAAGGAAGACAUCGAUCGAAUGGUAAAUGAUGCUGAGAAGUAUCGCAAUGAAGAUGAAAAGCAAAGAGAGAAGAUUACAGCUAAGAAUGCUCUUGAAUCCUACUGCUUCCACAUGAAGAAUACCAUUGAGGAUCAGAAUAUUAAGGACAAGAUUAGUGAUACCGAUCGUCAGACCAUCUUGGACAAAUGCAAUGAGACCAUUGCUUGGCUUGAUUCCAAUCAAACGGCCGAGAAGGAUGAAUUUGAAUACAAACAGAAGGAAUUGGAACAGAUCUGCAAUCCUAUAGUAACAAGGCUGUAUCAGGGUGCAGGAGGGGCACCCAAUAUGCCAGGAGGACCACCACCACCUCCUCAACAGUCUGGUGCAGGACCAACAAUUGAAGAAGUUGAUUAAUUUUGUUGCUACGUCAGGAAAGGGCAAACACAAUAAAAGCCAAUGAAAUCUCACGAAAUUUGAUUUAUUAUCUCCCUCUUGGAUGUUCUUCUUUACACAGCUGUGUACUUUUGAUGACAAACUUCACAUAUUACAUACUCAUAAAUUACAUGAUAGAGUUAUUAUGAUUUUUGUCCUUGUUGCACUAUUUUUCAAAUAUGAUACAUCCUGUAGGUUUGGAAAGCAACACAAUGAUUUUAUUGUAGCAAAAAAUCUGUCGUUGUUUAUAGAAUUUAUUUUAAUAAAAGAUUGUAUUCUUUUUUUUUUAAUAAAGUUUGUUAAGAGAAA